AGAACCGGAUUGCAAAACGACGUGCGCAUGUCGUCGCCAUCUUCUUAGUUUUCGAUCCCACUACGUUUUUCUGGAUCCAAGCGAGCGCAAUGUCUCGCCGGGGGUUGUUGUUGUCCGUCGUCGCCUUCCUCGUCUCGCUUCAGUCUUCAACUUCUUUGAUUAGUUCCCCCAGUUCUAUCAUCAACCCUUCUAAAGUCAAACAGGUUUCUUCAAAGCCCAGGGCAUUUGUGUAUGAAGGUUUUCUGACGGACCUGGAAUGUGAUCAUCUGAUCUCCCUUGCGAAAGAGAAUCUGCAGAGAUCUGCGGUUGCUGAUAACAAUAAUGGCGAGAGUCAAGUCAGUGACGUUCGUACCAGCUCCGGCACGUUUAUCUCAAAAGGAAAGGAUCCUAUUGUUUCCGGUAUAGAGGACAAGCUCUCCACAUGGACAUUCCUCCCAAAAGUCCUUUACACUUCUAUGGUGACAGAAAACGGGGAAGAUCUUCAGGUGCUGAGAUAUGAGCACGGUCAGAAAUACGACGCUCACUUUGACUACUUCCACGACAAAGUCAACAUCGCCCGUGGUGGACACCGCAUAGCGACGGUUCUCAUGUAUCUAUCCAAUGUCACAAAGGGUGGAGAAACUGUCUUCCCUGAUGCACCGGAAUCUUCUCGCCGCCAGCUUUCUGAAAACAAAGACGACCUUUCUGAUUGUGCAAAGAAAGGAAUUGCUGUGAAACCGAAGAAAGGAAAUGCACUCUUGUUCUUCAACCUCCACCAAGACGCAAUCCCAGAUCCAUUGAGCCUUCACGGAGGCUGUCCUGUGAUUGAAGGAGAGAAGUGGUCAGCAACAAAGUGGAUCCACGUGGACUCGUUCGAUAAGAUUGUGACACAUGACGGUAGCUGUGCGGAUAUAAACGAGAGCUGUGAGAGAUGGGCAGUGCUUGGGGAAUGCGCAAAGAACCCUGAAUAUAUGGUGGGAACUACAGAGCUCCCUGGAAAUUGCAGGCGUAGCUGUAAAGCUUGUUAAAGAAUGUGUUUAAAUUCUCCUUUUUUUUUUCUUCUCUGUACCAUUAAGUUUUCUUUUCUUUUUCUUGAUACUGAGCUUCGCUUUCUCAUCUUCUUGUUGCUGAUGAAUCGUUGUAUUUCGUUGAUGAACGCCUCUUAACUCUUGUUACUGAAUCAGUUAGAUUGUUCUUAUAUUUAAUGGACUCUCUAUUUUGAAGGGUUUAGAGUGUGCUCGUUUUCUGUCUUUA